AUGCAAUAAAAUAAUUCACCGCCCUCUACUGCUUCAUUUGUGCUCGAGAAACUCAAACACUACAGAAAAUCUCACAUGUCCUUUGCACUUCGCAAUCUUCUCAGCACAAACUCCAACAAAUCAAAGACAACUACGAAACCGUUUAUGAAGUUAUUUUCAUCCUCCAAUUGCAAUUCUCCACUCCCCAGAGAUAUAUCCCUGUUCGAACAUACCCAAGAUCAAACUACUAAACAACUAGACCUCAGUAAUAUGCAUGAAUUCGAGUACAAAAUGACUCCGCAAUCCCAACUCAACUCAUUUAGCAGAGUAUUAAAAAACUCCUCAAAAUAGGACCUAAAGCUUGUUCCCUUCAUAAGUGCCAAAAGAUACAAUAAACUGGACAAGCGAUACUAUAUUAUACUUUACUUUGAAGAGAAUUCCUCCCAGUUUCAAGAAUUAAUAAGAAGAAAAGAUGCCGAGAGAAUGAUACAUUUAUUUUAGAAACCUAUGUUCAUAGCACAAGAACAAAAUGUAUAACAAUAUUGUAUUAAUCUAGUUAAUAGAGUUGUUUUCCUAUAUGAUCUAUUUAUUAGCUUAGUUCUUUUUUGAUUGCUAAGAAUACUCAAAGGCUACAUAUUUCUUAAAGGAUUGCUUCACUUUAUCGAAUCUAUCUCGUAACCCUAAAUUGAAGGUUAAUUCUUUACUAUCUAUGGCCAUAUGUGCUAAAUAGUAAACUAUUUUAUAUUAAUAGGUUUAAGUUAUUUGACUAAUAGAUUAUUUUGAUUCAAAAAGCUUUGAUGUAUUCAUGGGCCUAUUACUAUCAUGACGAAGAAAUACAGUGUUAUGAUGCUAUGGGAUUGGCAUAUUUCUAUUAAGGCAACAUAGAAAGAGCGGAGUUCUAUCAUUAAAAAUGGUCGAGUGGGUUUUUGGAGGAACCAUCAUCUUAUUACAGAGUAACAGCCUUGGAGUUUAUCUCGAUGUUUGAAAGAACCUUGCCUACAAAGGCUGUAGACUUUAUGUCAUCAAUACAAGGGUCGAUUAGUGUUCCUUUUGUGAAUAUUGCUACUGGCAGAAAUUAUGAUGAUCGGAGAUUCAUCAAGUAUAACAAUUGCAAUCCCCUGGAGAUCAUCUACUCCAUUACUAAAACAAAGGAAUUUAUGGAAUUCAAUCUGAUUCAUCACGAGUAGACUUUGGUGUUGAAUCAACAAACAAAAAAGCAACCAAAACUACCGAAAAGAAUCUUGGAGAUUACCGAGAAAUACCAUAAGAACAAGGAUUUGUACUCCUUUAAUCAUAAGAUAAUGGAGAAUCCUAAAUAUAAAUUGUCUCUUUAAUAGCAAGUAGAUUUCAGAAUGACUCAAUCAUUUUCUAUCUAGGAAGUCAAUUCGAACGUUAAGAAGUUUAUAUCAUCACAGAGAGAACCCUUCAUGAAGGCUUAGCAGAUAUAUAUCAGAGCAAACAACAAAUAAAAGGAAUUCAUCCCAGCUGUUAUCAUGAGAUAUCAGAAAAUGCUCACCUAAAUACUAAAAUGA